AUGAUGCAAAACCUCCCCCACGAGCCAGAGUUCGAGCAGGCCUACAAGGAGCUUGCUUCCACCUUGGAAAACUCCACUCUGUUCCAGAAGUACCCUGAGUACCGCAAGGCUCUGCAGGUCGUUUCUGUCCCCGAGCGCGUGGUUCAGUUCCGCGUCGUCUGGGAGGAUGACAAGAACCAGAUCCAAAUCAACCGUGGUUACCGCGUGCAGUUCAACUCCGCCCUUGGUCCGUACAAGGGUGGUCUCCGAUUCCACCCCUCGGUGAACCUGUCUAUCCUCAAGUUUCUCGGCUUCGAGCAGAUCUUCAAGAAUGCCUUGACCGGCCUAAACAUGGGCGGCGGCAAGGGCGGUUCCGACUUCGACCCCAAGGGCAAGUCGGACAACGAGAUCCGCCGCUUCUGUGUCUCGUUCAUGACCGAGCUCUGCAAGCACAUUGGCGCCGACACUGACGUCCCCGCCGGUGACAUCGGUGUGACCGGCCGCGAGGUCGGCUUCAUGUUCGGCCAGUACAAGAAGAUCCGCAACCAGUGGCAGGGUGUUCUCACCGGAAAGGGCGGCAGCUGGGGUGGUAGCUUGAUUCGUCCCGAGGCCACCGGCUACGGUGUGGUCUACUACGUCGAGCACAUGAUCCAGCACGUCUCCGGCGGCAAGGAGUCCUUCAAGGGAAAGCGCGUCGCCAUCUCCGGCUCCGGCAACGUUGCCCAGUACGCCGCUCUCAAGGUUAUCGAGCUCGGUGGCUCCGUCAUCUCCUUGUCCGACAGCCAGGGUGCUCUGGUCCUCAACGGCGAGGAGGGUAGCUUCACUCCCGAAGAGAUCAACACCAUCGCCGCCAUCAAGGUUGAUCGCAAGCAGAUCUCCGAGCUCGUCAACGACGCAGCUUUCGCCUCCAAGUUCAAGUACAUCCCCGGCGCCCGCCCCUGGACCAACAUCGUCGGCCGCAUCGACGUCGCCCUUCCCUCCGCGACUCAGAACGAGGUCUCGGGUGACGAGGCCAAGGCGCUGAUCGCCGCCGGCUGCAAGUUCCUCGCCGAGGGCUCCAACAUGGGUUCCACCCAGGACGCCAUCGAUGUCUUCGAGGCUCACCGCGAGGCCAACCCCGGCGCCGCCGCCAUCUGGUACGCCCCCGGCAAGGCCGCCAACGCCGGUGGUGUCGCCGUCUCCGGCCUGGAGAUGGCCCAGAACUCUGCUCGGGUCAGCUGGUCCACCGAGGAGGUCGACUCCCGCCUCAAGGCCAUCAUGAAAGACUGCUUCGAGAACGGUCUCCACACCGCCAAGGAGUACGUCACCCCCAAGGAGGGUGUGCUGCCCUCGCUGGUUGCCGGUAGCAACAUUGCUGGGUUCACCAAGGUCGUUGAGGCCAUGAAGGACCAUGGUGACUGGUGGUAA